AAAAAAAAAACUUAUUUCGUCCAUCAAUCAAAUUCAAUCAAAUUUGAUUUUGCGGUGCGGUAAAUUUAUUUUCUGGAUUUUCAGGAUAACCUGGUUGAGUUUUACCAAAGUAUAACUAAUCAACAUGUCGGUGCAAACUAUACUUCUCGACUUCUCUGUCGAUCCUGCCCGGUUAGGGGAUGAAUGUGGCCAGCGGGCUGUGUUUGAUCAGCUCGAGACAGUCUUGAAGGACUAUAUUCCGAAUUUGGUCUUGUCCGCUGAUGUUAAAAUAGAUGGAGGUUCUUUGAAACUAUUAGUCGGAAAGAAAGGGACAAGUGUUUCCACAAGGCUAUUUGAUCAGGGCCUUGUGACUGUUAACAUUGAAUAUUACAAAGAAGAAAAUGAAGCCCCAUUGAUGGACUACAAGUCAGCCCAGGUUUUGGAGAACCAGUUGAAAAAGUAUUUAUCAGUGACCAAGUCACAGUCAUACAUACCGCUGAAGAGAUGCCUGUUUGGCAGGUACUAUCCAUCGUCAGACAACCGUCUGCUGGAGUACGACAUCGACGAGGUGCUAUUCGACGAGCAGUCGCCGUUCCAGCGCGUGCAGGUGGUGCACUCCAAGUCGCUCGGCAACAUGCUCGUGCUCGACGACUUGCAGAAUAUUGCUGAAGCCGAUCUCAUUUACACUGAAACUCUUAUGGGAAGAGGAGUUGAGAAUUAUGAGGGCAAGGAGAUUAUAAUUCUGGGUGGCGGCGACGGCGCUCUGUUAUACGAGCUGCUGAAGGAGAAGCCCAAGUAUGUGUGGAUGCUGGAGAUUGACGAGCUCGUCAUGAAAGUGUCCAACAAAUACCUGAGCACCAUAUGCGGGGAUGUCCUCGAAAAGAGAAAGGGGAAAAAUUACGAAAUAAUCGUUGAGGACUGCAUGCUGACGCUCAACAAGUUCAUGAAGGAGGGCCGCAAGCUGGACUACAUCUUCGGCGAUCUCACGGACAUCCCCAUCUCGGAGUCGGCGUGCGGCGAGCUGUGGGAGUUCAUGAUCACCAUCCUCGAGUCCGCCUUCAAGAUACUGAAGCCCAGCGGGAAAUUCAUGACUCACGCGAACGGCGCCAACUGCCCGGAGUCGCUGAAAAUGUACGAGGAAGAGUUGCUGAAGCUGAAGCCGCCCGUCAAGUUCACGAAGAGCAAGGCCUUCGUGCCUUCCUUCCUCGAGGAGUGGUGGUUCUACCAGAUAUCCUUCAACACCACCGACCUCGGUGAUGCUUAACAACACACUUACACCAAAGAUCACAACGUUUGUUCCUUUACAGUAUACACAAUUUAUCUAAUAAGGCAAGGUGCCAUAGUCUUAGUCAAUAAUUUUAGUACCAGCGCACUAAUCUCAAUACUGAGGCCGAGUUCAAAACUUUGCCUCGCUGGCAAAGCUACUGUGGUAUGUUUUUCGUAUAGUCUAGUUUCUAAGCUUAAGUCUAGAGCUGAUGUCCUAGUAUUAUUAAAAUUAGAUUUAUUUCUAUGUUCUCUGUUAUAUUCCGUUCUAACACUAUUUGCUUGUUUUUUAAAUUGUUCAAUGACUAAUAAAACUAUGUUAAAUUUAA